AUUCUCGCUGUUUUGACAGUGGGGCUAGCGAUUAGCACAAGGAUUCUAUGGUCGUGAUUUGUGUGAUCCAAUAAAUGUUAGCGAGCAAUUACAUUAAUUAAUAAAGUGAAACCUCACAUUUGAAGAAGAUGCAGGAUGACGCGCGCUACCUCAAACGCAAAGUGACUGCGGGCAGUCUGGAUGUGCACCCCACAGAGAAGGCCCUGGUGGUCCACUACGAGGUGGAAGCCUCUAUACUGGCCGAGGGAGGAGGGCAUAUGCUGGGUGAGCGGAAGGAGGGACAAAAAAUUAUCCGAGUGAAGAGUCUGUCUCCGAGUACAGAUGUGGGGGCUUUGGCAAAGAAAGUGGUGGAGGAGUGUAAACUCAUCCCUGCUUCCCGUUUGCCCCAGGUGGAGCAGCUCCUCUACUACCUGCAGAACAGGAAGUCAUCUCCUGUGGAGGGCAAAAUGGAGAAGAAAGAAAAAAGACCUGUGAAACCCAGAGAGCUGACUCCUUUUGAUGGAAUGGAGCUAAACGAGGAAGCCAGUAUAACCAGGGUGGAUGAGUACAUCGAGCUCCUGUACGAAGGAAUCCCAGAGAAGAUCCGAGGCUCUGCGCUCAUCCUGCAGCUUGCACGCAACCCCGACAACCUGGAGGAGCUGCUUCACAACGAGGCAGCCCUGGGAGCUCUGGCCAGAGUGCUGAGGGAGGACUGGAAGCAGAGUGUCGAGCUGGCUACCAUCAUCAUCUACAUCUUCUUCUGCUUCUCCAGUUUCUCCCAGUUUCACGGGGUGGUGAGUCAUUAUAAAAUUGGCGCGUUGUGUAUGAGUGUGGUGGAACACGAGCUGAAGCGACACGAUGUGUGGCGUGAGGAGCUGCGCAAGAAAAACAAGGCUUGUGAGUCAGCACCAGAGAACGGCUCUCUAAGAAGAGACCAGGACAAAGCUGUGAGGAAAUACCACGGCCUUCUGUCCAAGCAGGAGCAGCUGCUCCGAGUGUCUCUUUACCUGCUGUUGAACCUUGCUGAGGACACGAGGACGGAGCUGAAGAUGAGGAAUAAAAACAUUGUUGGUCUGCUCGUCAAAGUUCUGGAGCGGGAUGACGAGGAGCUGCUGGUGCUGGUGGUUUCAUUCCUCAAAAAACUGUCCAUCUUCCUGGAGAACAAGAACGACAUGGCUGAAGUGGAUACUGUAGAACGAUUGGCUCGUCUGGUUCCCUGUGACCAUGACGACCUGUUGAACCUGACCCUGCGUCUGCUGCUCAACCUCUCCUUUGACUCUGGACUCAGAGCCAAGAUGGUGGAAGUUGGACUGUUACCAAAGCUGACUGCCUUGUUGGGUGAUGAGAACAGCCGACAGGUAGCCCUGCGAAUCCUGUAUCACAUCAGCAUCGACGACCGCUUCAAGGGCAUGUUCGUUUACACUGACUGCAUACCUCAGCUGAUGCAAAUGCUGUAUGAGCACGGGGAGGAGGACACUGAAGCGGAGCUCCUCUCCAUCUGCAUCAACCUGGCUGCAAACAAGAGGAACGCUCAGCUCAUAUGUGAAGGAAAUGGGUUAAAGAUGCUUAUGAAGAGAGCUCUGAAGAUGAAAGACUGCCUUCUGAUGAAGAUGAUCAGAAACAUCUCACAACAUGACGGAGCCACCAAACCUGUGUUCAUAGACUAUGUUGGUGACCUGGCAGCGGAGAUCCGGGCGGAGGAAGAGGAGGAGUGGGUUCUGGAGUGCCUGGGGACUCUGGCUAAUCUCACCAUCCCUGACCUGGACUGGGAGCUGGUGCUGAAGGAGUACAACCUGGUCCCCUACCUUAAAGACCGCCUCAAACCAGCCUCAGCAGAGGAUGACCUCAUCCUGGAGGUGGUGAUAAUGAUCGGAACAGUUUCCAUGGACGACGCCUGUGCCGCCAUGUUGGCAAAAUCUGGCAUUAUCCCUGCGCUGAUCGAGCUGCUCAAUGCCCAGCAGGAGGAUGAUGAGUUUGUGUGUCAGAUUGUCUACGUCUUCUAUCAGAUGGUGUUUCACCAAGCUACCCGUGAUGUCAUCAUCAAAGACACCCAGGCUCCAGCCUACCUGAUCGACCUGAUGCACGACAAGAACGCUGAGAUCAGGAAAGUGUGUGACAACACCCUGGAUAUCAUCGCUGAGUACGAUGAGGAGUGGGGCAGAAAAAUUCAGUCAGAGAAGUUCCGUUUCCAUAACAACCAGUGGUUGGAGAUGGUCGAGAGUCGCCAAGCUGACGAGUCUGAACCGUAUCUGUACGAUAACGACAACGACAGGACGGAGAUGUUCUAUAGCGCAGAUGGAAUAACUCCAGCAGACGGUUCAGUCAGCCCAGACUUCUUCAAUGACCUACAGCCUCAAAAUGGAGACAUGCACCAUACAGGAGAUGGCAGCGAUGUGUUUGACCAGACCAGCUCCUCUCCUGGUCGUCCAGCUACUGCGUACGGCUUCAGACCCGAUGAACAACCCUUCUAUCAGUACUCAUAGACACACACACACACACACACACACACACACACACACACACACACACACACACACACACACACACACACACACACACACACACACACACACACACACACACACACAGGACGUCCUGUCAUCCCCAUACACCCCCUGCAUGUCCACUCUCCCACUCUGCUAGACUCCCUCAGUACUGAAGGCAUCACGUGGGGAUAGCCACUGAAACACUGAUCAUAGUGCAGAUGAUGCAGUCUCCUUCCAUACAGCAUUUCAUUCACUCAGCAUUAUGAAACAUACAGGUAGCUACGUCUUCCUUACUGAGUACAGCUUUCUUCUAGUGUCUUCCCAGUGGCUCAGCAAAUCAUUUAAAGAAUGUGAACACUUAGAGGGAAACUUCAGUAUAUUUCAACCUGGACCCUGUAAUCCUAUUAGGACGUUCUGGCUCUGAUAGUUACUAUAAGUGUGUGAACAUGUUGGAACUAGUCCAGGUUGAAAAAUAUUUAACUAUCCUUUCAAAUGUUUUAAAUAUCUUGAUAUGUUUUUGCAUGUUUUCUCAUGUAAUAAUGAUAUGUUUUGCCUCUGCAAAUCCCCUGAAAAACAGUCAAAGGUUACGCUCCAUUUCUGAACAGUUUUAGAUCCAGUUAGACCUACUAUCUAUCACUGUGUUAUGAACUUGCACUACAAUGUAUACAUUGCUUUGUUUUCUCAUGGGAACAUUGCUGAUCCCUAUAACUUAGGGUGCUUUUUCACAGGCAAACCAAACUUAUCUUCAGCCCCCUUGGUCAUAGUUUAAUCUCCCUGCCAUCUCAAUUUCCCCCAAUGUGCUGUAUAAGUUAGCGAUGUUAAACCAUAACAGUAUUACAUGUAUUUAGCAACGAGAAAAGUAGAAACCCUGUCACUUCAGACGAAGUGGAUAAACAAUAUGUCACUACGUGAUAAAAACUAAUGUCAUUGACCUGCUACCUUAAGCCCCUUAUCCUGUCUGGUCCCCUUAAACAACAAUGGGGAGGUUUACCUGCAGGAAGUGACGGGUCCUUGAGUCUCUGCCAGCACAUGUAGCAGCUAGCACACAGUACAGGGCUCUCUGUUUCUCUGUGUUACUCUUAGUUAGUAUAGGAGGAGAGAAAACAAGCCCAUUAAAUAACUGGCUUUAAAGGCACAAUGGGUAGGAUAUGUUGCACAAAACAUUGAAAUAGGCCCCUCCUCUGCAAGCUUUAGGGCCCCAGCACAUGUAGCUUCCUCUGGGAUGCCUGCCUAUGAUCUGGCUCCUGGUCGCUACGCUUUUAUAGAAGCUAACACCUUAAAAGGUCCCUAACAAAGCUUUAUGAAAAAAAAGUAUGUAUUACAUUAAGGAAACAUCCAACUCAUUGUGCCUGUAAGUCUAUUGGUUAGCAUGAGAGGAGCCUUGAAUUCCCAUUGCUAAAUCAAAAAUCAUGUCCACAAUCCUCAGAGGCCCAGAUCUAGCUCACCUAGAAGGUGCCACAUUAAAAGCAUUGCUUAAUACAACAUACAUAUAGUAGUAUGCAAGUUGAACCAUUCUGUUGAAUUGUCCAUACUGACUCUAUUUGACAACAAGUCAAAGUUAUAAAUGCACCAUGAACUGUGACUGGAAAUGUACAUGUAGUUCCCUUGAGCAUGGCACUUAGUAAAGAACAGAGCAUAUCUGAAUGUAGAUCAGAGCAGCAUACACUUUGAAGAACACACUGUAUAGUGCCAUUGACUGACCCACAUCUGAGAGGAGUGCAGACUGAUACUUUAGAGGCAUAUUUGCACAUAUAGUUUAUUGUUGAUGCAUGGUUAUAUUUUAUUUUUAUUAAGUUAUUAGUAUUUGUAUAUAAUUGUGUUUUUAUAAUUGAUCUUAUUGCUACCUAACAACACUGUAAACAUGGACUAUUGUUGGACUAUAGAAACUCUCCAUCUUAUUUUCUGUCAUGCUCAGGUCAUAAAAACAAGUCCCACAUUUCA